CUAAAGCAUCGUGAUUCGCUCUUCAUUUGUGCUGUACCAUAAGCCUGGUUGUCGGGCUGUCACUAGGGACUUGAUCGGAACCGUGUAUCCGGGCAAUAACCGGCUCCCGGGCGCUACUGCGUGUGCGUGGAUGUACACCGUACGCACGCACAAACGGACAAACGCACGUACAACAAUAAUAUGGACUAAAUAUCCAUGCGUAGCCGGGCUUGACAACUUUUACCGCAAAGAGGCAGAUCGAAGGUAUCGUAACAAUUUGACGCUGAAGUUGAAAACACAAAGGCGUAUAAUUUUCCAGCCAAUUCUUAGACGGCGUGUAGAGCGGCAACGGCGGACUCUGGCAGCGUUUUUGGUUUUCGGCUGCGUGAGCCGAGUCGGAGCGGAGCAGGGCGGCGUGGUUCGGCACCGAGGGGUCCGCAAAUUGCAGAGCGCAGUACGGAACGGCAGAAGUUGCGUCUAAGUCUCGCAGUACGGCGUCAACCGCGAACGGCGAUGGGUGUGUCGAGUGCGGAUGUUUAUUACGACGGCUCGCGAGCCUUCACGUGGCUCGCCGACCUGGCCGGCCUCCCGAUUGACCAGAUGAACUUCCUGGUGACGCAAUUCUCAGCACUGGGACUAGCUGCCUUGUUGAGGUCUUCGCUGAGCCCACGAGCCGUUAGUCCCGCCACAAGGCAUGCCUUCGGCUUGGUUCUCGGCCUCUUCUUUGGUUACUUCAGUUUCGGCAAGCAUGCGGUGCAUUUGGCGGGACUUCCGGCUCUCUGCUACGUCGUCACGCGGACUCAUAAUCCUCGCAGUGUGCAAAGGGCUGUCCUUUUCGUCGCACUUCUUUAUCUCUCCUGCAUACAUUUUCACCGCCAAGUAUACGACUACGGUUCUUACACCCUAGACAUAACAGGUCCGCUGAUGGUGAUAACACAAAAGGUAACGAGCCUUGCCUACAGCGUCCACGACGGAAUGACACGCAAGGAAGAGGAACUCACUCCCUCGCAGCGAUAUCACGCCGUCAAAAAAAUGCCGACGGCCCUUGAGUAUUUCGCUUACGUAUUACACUUUCAAGCGUUGAUGGCUGGUCCGGUGAUUUUCUACCGCGACUACAUUGAUUUUAUCGGAGGUCACAACAUUUAUGGCUCAAAAACAUUAGCAGGCUACACGGACAAGAAUUUGAACAGCAACGAGAUCGUCUUGGAACCUUCGCCACGUUUAGUUGUGGUAAAGAAGGUUCUCGCCAGCUGUAUUUGUGCUGUAAUAUUUGUCUCUUUCAUACCAUCGUUUCCGAUACAAAAGAUCAAAGAGGAUGACUUUAUUGAGAAUACGACCCUCGGUUACAAGGUGGGCUUUCUCAUGGUGUCCACGAUGCUUGUUCGCUUCAAGUACUAUCACGCGUGGCUCUUUGCUGACGCCAUAUGCAACAAUUCGGGCCUCGGCUUCAAUGGUUACAAUGUCGACGGCACCGCGCGCUGGGACCUGAUUUCGAACGUCAACGUACUUAAGUUCGAAACCGCGCUUAGCCUGAGGGACAGCAUAGAGCAGUGGAACAAGGGUACCAAUCGGUGGCUACGCAUGAUCGUUUACGAAAGGAUCAAAACACACAGCACCAUCCUCACCUACGCAUUGUCCGCUCUAUGGCACGGUUUUUAUCCUGGCUACUACCUCACUUUCGCUGGAGGGGCGUUAUUCACCUUCGCAGCGCGAUCCACACAUGUACCUUGCCCCGCACAUUUUGGCACUGGCAGUUCUAAUUCUUUUGCCGAAAUUGUCGGGGCUAAUGCGGCAUCAGAAGAUUACCACUGCUGCCGCUGCAGCUGCAGCCUCGGACAUUUCUACAAAAAAACAUAUUUCGAAUGGUCACGGCGGGCCGGUUACUGAGCGCAUGGCUCACGUUGCCCACCUCGCACAAAAGGCUCAGUGAGUCGAUUAUUGCACAAAGCUGGACAACUGUAAUUCUAAUCUACGUAUAAUACCUACUGCUAAUCAUAAGUUUUAUAUAAAGCAACAAAUAUUUUUAUGGAUAUAUUAAUAAAAAUUACAACAUAUUGUAUA